ACGUCAUCAAUCAGGUUCUACUCCUUCGUCUCUUAGACGUCCUCACACUACAACUCCACUUGCCACUGCUUUAAGCUUACUGCGCAGUCGCAAACCAGAUAACCAUACCAACAUGGCUGACCCACAAUAUAAUUAUUCAGGUGCCGGUGGUGGCCAAGCUAGCUACAGCUACAAUGCCUAUGGUGGCACUGCUGCCGGAGAGAGUAGCUCUUACCAGCCGGCUACUUACAGCCAACAGGGAUAUGGUCAGACUUACAGUUAUGACCAGUUGUCCUAUAGUCCAUCUACAGCAGCACCCCAAGCUGCAGUCCCUUCAUCUUAUGCUCAACAGCCUGGUUAUGGUCAAACAGCAUAUGGACAGACUGUAUAUAGCCAGUCAGGCCAGCCAGCUCAACAGUCUUAUGGUCAAUAUGGCCAGACAUAUGGUCAGAGCUCGGAUGGUUCCACCUACGGCCAACAAUCUUCCUAUUCACAGCAAGGUUAUGGUCAGGCUGCACAACCUCCUGCUUCAAGCAGUAGUGGCAGUGGCGGUGGAAACGGGGGCUACAGUCAGCAAAGUUAUGGCCAGCAGAACAGUAGCUACAGUGCUCCUCCUCCGCAGCAGCAGCAACAGACUGGUUAUGGUCAACAGAAUUCCUAUGGUCAACAGCCAACCCAGCCACAAAGCAAUUAUGGAAAUCAGCAACAUAGCUAUGGUGACUACAACCAACAAGGUGGCUAUGGAGGUGCUCCUCAGCAACCUCCCCCACAGGCACCAUCUGGUGGCUAUGGUGGCCCUCCUCCUCCCAAAAAUUAUGGCGACAAUCGCAGUAGUAGUCGUGGUGGAGAUCGUAGUGGCAGUGGGGACCGUGGUGAACGUGGAGAUCGUGGCAACAGUAGUGACAGAGGAAGCAGCAAUUCAGGCUAUGGCGGUGGCAGAGGAGGCUUCAACAAAAGUUAUGGUGGUGGCGGAGGUGGCAGUGGCAGUGGUUAUGGAGAUGGACCAAUUAUGGAAAUGCCUGACACAGUGUUCGUGUGUGGACUAAAUGAAGAAGUCACUGAAGAUGCUCUAAUUGAACAUUUUGGAAGCAUUGGUGUCAUUAAGACUGAUAAGAAAACAAGCAAACCAAAGGUGUGGAUCUACAAAGACAAGGCGACUGGUCGCGGAAAAGGCGAGGCUACUGUGACAUAUGAUGACCCUGAAAGCGCAAAGGCAGCUAUCAACUGGUUUAAUGAAAAAGAUUUCCAGGGCAGAAUAAUUAAGGUUGAAAUGGCCCAGAGAAAAGCUUGGUCUAGUGGCCGUGAAGGAAGAGGUGGCAGAGGUGGAGGCCGUGGUGGCGGUGGUGGCAGAGGUGGCUUUGGUGGCGGCGGCGGCGGUGGUGGUGGUAUGGGAGGUGACCGAGGAGGUGGCGGUGGCGGCGGAGGACGCCAAGGAGAUUGGACUUGUCCUAAUCCAGCCUGUGGUAAUAACAACUUUGGCUGGAGAAAUGCUUGCAACUUGUGUAAUGCUCCCAAGGAAGGAAUGGGCUCUGGCCCUGGUGGUCCUCCUGGUGGACCUGACCGUGGUGGAAGAGGUGGCUACAGAGUUGGCCCACGUGGCGGCGGCGGUGGCAUGGGAGGCGAUCGCGGAGGACCAAGAGGAGGUGGCGGUGGCAUGGGUGGUGACCGCGGAGGUGGCGGUGGUGGUGGAGGUCCUGGUGACAGAGGAGGACGUGGUGGAUUUGGAAAAGACAGAGGCCGACCCCAAGACAGCAGAUCUGAGAGACGACCAAGGCCAUAUCCUUAGAAUUCUUUCUACUUUCUCAUCCCAUCAGAUGUAAAAGAGAAUACCAAUUCCUCAUUUUAAAUCAUUUUAACUUUUCUCUCUCUCUCUCUCACAUUGUCUUCUCUCAGUAUAAUAAUGUCUUCAAUAAAGUUUUAAAAUAUCUUCAACUUA